UGUCGGCGGCUUAUUCGUAUUGGAAACAUUUUUACUUUCUUUUGUGGAUGGGGUCGGGAGCUACAGUUGCACUACUUUUUCUCACCCUUUUUUUUUAUCUUUAAUUACUGGGUACUUUAAUUAAUGACAGCGGACUUGUGGGGGAAAAAAAAUCUCAUUGCUUUUCCUUAACUCUAAAUUUCAUGAAGAGUUAACUUUCUCUUUAACUUCUCCUUCCCUCUGCCCGUUCUCUGUUUUUUUUUUUUUGGAGGUUUUCCUGACGGAAAUUAUUUGAAGCGAAAGUUUGACAAGGCGCACUAUUUUCUUGAUAAUAUGUGUGUGUUUGUAUUGAAAAUGACAGGUAGCUGUGCAUUCAUGAGCUUGUCAUUACUACUUGGUCACAGGGUUUCUGGAGAGGCUAUGCGUUAUUAAAUGACAAAUACGGUGAUCGCAGGAUGUGUGAUUCAUUGGUUAUGCCAUCUGCACUGAGACGAAACUAUUCUUCAUCUGAAUAUUCACGCCCGGGCACAAGUUAUUGUGAUUCAGAACUUCAGGUUGAUGUUCUGAGUGAGCUUCGUUGUGGCGACUUAUCCAUAAAGGUGAGAAAUGUUAGGGAAGAGACAGCAAGAAAUAUGCCACGUGAACAAGGAAACAGUGAUGCUCUCAGCAGAUUUCAACUUGAACAGGAUGUGCAACAGUUAGAAAACCAGCUGCUAGAAGAGUUGGAACUUCAUGCAUAUCUUGACAAUGUGAUUGAUGAGAGAAAUGUCAUCAAAUUAUCUGGUCCUGCAAAUCUCCCACAUCAUGUUCAAGAGCUCCUUUCAAAUAUUGCCCAACUUGAAAGUACAAUCUCGAAACUUGAAAAUGAGAUAGUAUCUUUACAUUUCCAACUUAGUCAAGAAAGAAAUGAGCGGAGACUUGUGGAGUAUCGUUUGAGACGUUUAUCUUCUCAAUCAACAUCUCUUUGUUCGUCUGAAAUUUCAAGCACCCUGAUGUCAUCUUCUUCGAGGUCUUCAAAGCAAUUUGAUUGUGAAGGACUUCAGCUUGCUGAAAGUUGCUCUGACCAAUUGCGAAAAGCUCAGUCAUCUAAACAUUCUUGCGAAGGCGAAGAGCCAAUGAUGGAGAAUGCAGGGCGCUCAGUUUUGUUUUGCUAUGAAAAAAAAGAGUCUACAAAGAUAGAGGGCAAAUCUUGUCAGCCUGUAGAUUUCAGGAAACUUCCGAAAGGGAUGCCACCAAAAGAACUUUGGAAUCAGCCCAAUUUAUUAUCAGAAGAAAUGGUCAGGUGUAUGAAAAACAUAUAUAUCUCUCUUGCAGAUUUUGAUAUAUCUAUGAAGUCAUUUAUAGGAGAGAGUCAGCACUCAACUCAGUCACCAUGUGAACAUCUUCCUAAUUCAUUAUGGUGGUCAUCAUCUGAGCACUCAACAACCUCGUCAUGGGUGCAGAGCCCACUAGUUGAUGUAAAGGAUUGUGAUGUAUUGGCUUCUGGGAAUGCUUGUGAUCCCUUUCAUGUUCGAGGUAAAUUGAGUUGGGCUGAUAUUGGAAGUUAUGGAUCGGCAACUGAAGUAUCUUGGAUGUCAGUGGGGAAAAAGCAAUUAGAGUAUGCUGCUGGGGCACUACGGAGGUUUAGAUUGCUCGUUGAACAAUUGGCUAAAGCAAAUCCCACCAAUUUGACUUCCAGUGAGAAACUUGCUUUUUGGAUCAAUUUGUACAACACAUUGGUCAUGCACGCUUAUUUGGCUUAUGGAGUCCCAAGAAGUGACUUAAAGCUCUUCUCUUUAUUGCAAAAGGCUGCAUAUACUAUUGGGGGUCAUUCUUUCAGCGCAGCUGCAAUUGAGUAUGUGAUUCUGAAGAUGAAACCGCCACAUCAUAGGCCUCAGAUAGCAUUGCUUCUUGCUGUUCAAAAGUUUAAGGUGUCAGAAGAGCAGAGGAAAUUUGCAAUUGAUAACCAUGAGCCUCUAGUAGCUUUUGCUCUCAGCUGUGGCAUGUAUUCUUCACCUGCGGUAAAGAUUUAUACAGCUAAAAAAGUGAGGGAAGAGCUUGAAGAUGCACAGCGGGAUUACAUUCGUGCGGCAGUGGGAGUGAGCAACAAGGGGAGAUUGCUGGUGCCCAAAAUGCUUCACUGCUUUGCCAAAAGUUUUGUGGAUGAUGCAGGUUUGGCUGUGUGGAUAUCCCAUUAUCUUCCUCCUUCUCAAGCUGCCUUUGUAGAGCAAUGCGUAUCCCAGAGGCGCCAGAGCUUUCUUGGUUCUCGCAAUUGUGCUAUACUCUCCUUCGAUUCCCGUUUCCGCUAUUUGUUCCUUCCUGAUACAAUCCCCUCUCCUCCCUUCCUCCUUGAAAGCUGAAUUGCAAACUAAGCCACAUCAGAUCAGCCAAGGACGUUUCAUUUAGAGAGGACAAGCUGGAGACCUUGUUUUUGCUCUCAUCGAAAUGCAGAAUCAUUAUCUUUGAGGUUAGAAUUUGGGUUAUGUACAAAGAAAAGAGAAGGAGAAAGAAAAAAGGGGACUUAUUUCUUUGGGCAAGAUCCGAGUGGAUCUGUUUUGUUGAUCUUUGGCCAAUAAGAUCCUACUGGAUCUGAUCUGAAAUAUUAGAAUGCAGUACCUUGUGCAUCUUUUUCUUUACUCAUUGUCAUCCCAUCCGGUGUAGUGUGUAUCAUUAAGUAGUUCAUGCCUUGGGUCCCAUUCGGUGUACCAUUAAAUUAGUUCUGAAUAUUUUUCUUCUUUUUAUCAUUAAAUUAGCUAUGUCUUGAGCCCCAAACAUAUGCAUAUGCAUAUGCGACUGAUCUAUUUCAUAUAUUUUUUUAAGCUCGCA